CAUGGCUCUCAAAUCUUUAAUUUUAGGAGUGUUUUUCAACAUGUUCGUCGCGCAAAGCCAUUCCUUUUUAUCCGAGAGUCCUCCCUCGUAAGGACUCGAGGGGUUAACACAAUUGAAAGCAACACUGAGCUAUGCUGCUUGAAAAGAGCUUUUCGAAAUAAGCCUAGCCUAGACUUCUACAUAGCUAAAGCUCUGCAGAGUUGGAAAACUGAAAAUCCUAUAGGCUUACGCAUGACUUGAACAUCAGCUACGCCUGCAGAUCGAAUUGCUAUUUUUAACUUUAGAGUGUUUUUACAAAUUUUCGUUGCGCAACGACAUUGCUCUUUAUCUCACAAUCCUCCGUUUCUCCCUCCUUGGAAACUCUUCAUUAAACGAAUGAACCUGGAAACCCUGAAAACAAUCAGGGCAUGGCGAGAUGGUUCGCACUGAAUACAUGCAGAGCAUGCAACAGCAGGCUAUUUGCUAGCGCUGUAUUGGACACGGACUUGAUUCGCGGAUUUCCAUCACUCAUGGAUCUCCAAGACAAUUCAGCUACUUUUACGAGUCAAACCAUUUGAGUUCUUUUCUCAAAUUGUUUAGAAAUAAUAGGACUGAGUGGAGUCCAAUUCGCUCGGUAGUCAUACUUGUGAGUGGACUCCAAUCGGUCUUGUUACUGUUAUGACAGAGGCCAAAGGGCGUCUGCGUAGGAGACUUUAAAAYGGGUGGUGGCUUUCUAAAAUAGGAGUUUCGAAGAAUAUAAUGAAAGAUUGUGAAUCGAAACUUGAACUGAAGCAUCAAAAACAACUUAGUUUGUGACAACAUGUCAUACAUCUGAUACUCAUGAUAAAUCCGCCUUGACCUCAGUUGCUAAAGUAAAUCAGGAAUGAAUAGAAAGACAGAUGCAACUGAUAUUACUUGCAAGAGAUUAAAGAUAGCUUGGGUUACAGAGUCGCUAUAGCAGCGCAGACUAGGCAUGGCUCUCAGAUCGGUAUUCGCUUUUUCAGUUGUUUUCUUGGUCACGUAUUGUGAAGCCAAACCCGAGAACUAUAGUGAGACACGAUGCAAGCUUUUACCAGUUGGAGAAGGUUUUGCGUCUGAAUUUCGCAGCAAGGCUUCCGAGAAAGGUGUCAGGAUGGUCUACCUGAAUUUGAAGAUCGGUAACGACAGCCACCAUCCUUUAGAGUUACAGGACGAGUUUCUCGCGGAUAGAUGGGUUUGGGCUAAUAACAUCACCGAGCCCAUGCUAUCUUUGAACGACGACUACGAUAUCCUAUCUCUGGGUCUUCUGAAUUAUCAAGUGCGAAGCAUGGACGUGCAUUUGGAAGAUCAGCCAAGUGGAUGCUUAGCCAAUUUGAACGACUCAACACGCCAGAACAUGGCCGUCGGAAGAAUGCUGUUAGAAAAUGUGACGACUGAAAGCUCUGCGGAUCAACUAUCUGGCAAAAAUGAGGUGGUUUGUGUUGAAAUGUUAGAGGGCUACGACGGAAACAAAGGGAUUGUGUAUCGUCGUUGCUGUGGUAUAAAAACACCACGAACUAAUCAACCGAAUAGGCCUUCAGAGAUCCAGUGCGAUCUGACGGUUGAAAAAAGCGACUGGAUGGGCAUGUUUGAAGUCGUUCUUAUUGUUGUGUCUUUAGUCGUGACCUAUUAUCUCCCAGCGUUUCCUUUAGCACUGCCAGAUUACAUUUUCAGUCUUCAGUACGAGUGUGACAAGGAAGAUCGCGCGGAAGCGGAACAAAUAGAUAGUGCUGAAAAAGCUGAAUCCGACAUUCGCAUGAGAAAUGGCUACGAACAAAUAAUUACCGCCAGCAGAGAGGAAGAAGUUACAACUAAACUUAGUCACUGCACUGAAGAGGAGGAAAGUGGAGCAAGUGAAAUUCCUGUAGAUGAUUCGAGUCCAGUGACUUGUUCGGCUCUUUUGCGAGCAUAUAUCCAGAAACUGCCAGAUUUAAGGCUGUCAUUUAACAUCAAGUUAGCGGUCAUGUUGUACUGUAUUUUUCCAUGUGUCUUUUACGCACAGGUGGGUCUUUGGCUCACGCUUAAAAAGAAGUAUAUUUACGAAAGCUUAAAAAAAAGUAUACCGCUUUCCAGCCUUUCCGCUCCCUCUCUCAACAUCGAUCCUGUUGGUUUUCAUUUUCUCUGUGUCUUAGCAGCUUUAGAGGGUUUGGCACUCGUUUUGUUUUUGAGACCGAAGGAUUUACUAUUCAGGCAUGACAUGUGCCCCUUUUGCAGAUCCGGGACUUUUCUGAGUUUCGCUCUUCCAACAGUUGAUUUCCCAAGGAAAAGCCCAGACUCCAUUGGCAAUGAAAUACUUUGUCAUUUGAGAAGGGUCCAACAACUACCGGCUUUCGUUUGGAGUAAUUUAACACAGAAACAUAGUAAGUUUCUCUUGAAUUAUUUGCUUCUCUUUACCACUUGUUCAUUAUCAAUGGUUAACCAUCAUGAAUCAAGAUUGAAGCGAGCACUGUGCGUGUUAUACGUUUUAUUUUCUACGUUGCUCACUCUACUUAUGGCGCUGAUUUGGGGGAUAUGUGUUAACCUCCUGUUUUUAAUCUCCGUUUCUCUAUCAGUAUUUUUGUGGUCACCUUAUGGAACCCUAGGUCUGCUGUUUCUGAAUGCGGUGACUUCAAGAAAUUGCUGUACAGUUAAUAGGAAUGGUAAACGACUAGUGAUGACAAUUUUCUUUAUCAUUUUAAUACUUCUCUUAGUUGUCUCUCCUCUACUAAUCCUACUAAUGAACUCUAUCAGUUUUGUUAUGUACAUGGUAGAAUUCAUAAUAAUAGGACUAUAUCUCAACGCAGACAUCGUCACGCCUUAUGUCGCUUUCUUUCUUGUAGUGACAACAAAUACUUAUCUUUGUUAUUCUAAACUGCAGAACAGAUACAGGGAAUUCAAGGGACUCAUUUUAAAAUACAGGCAAAAAAAACAUAACAUCAGGAGUGGUGACCAGGACACAAUUCCAACAAGUCUGUUCUGGUCUGUCAGCGGCAGGGUUAUGCCCAUUGCCACUGAAACCGGCCGGAUGUUUCUCAACAUGGCUUUGAUUGUAAUCUUCUUAAGUCUAUUUUUAUCUGCAGUGCUCUUCUUCAAGAACACAUACAGCAUUUCAACAGUAAUGUCCACUGUAUCUGUGUUUGUUAGUGGCGUGAUUCCAGGGCUGUUCUUUAAAGGAAUAACAAAAGGGAAGGUGUUCAUUGGAUGGGAAAAAAUUAAAAUGAAAAGAGAAAUUGAAAUAGCUGUGGAAGAGUUUGAUCGAGAAAUAAACGGUGCAAACAGUGCUAGUGGCAUGAUCUCAGAGAUGAGGUACAGUGACAAAGUGUGAUAUUUCCUCUGUAUGAAAGAGAUUUUAAUUUGAAAAAGAGUUUUUUUUGGAAAGGGAACUAUCAUGAAUAUAACUUUGGAAAGUCAAUAUUUUCACUAAAUUAAAUUACUAGAAAGAGCACAUAAGUUAUAAAGAGUAUUUUAUAAAGAGUUAUUACUAUGGAUACACAAGGUGGUGGCGCCAAAUCACAUAAGUCUUCAGGGCUGUAGCUAGUAACUAGCAAACCAAGGCAGUCGCCUCAGUCAUAUGAUUUUUUUUUUUUUUUUAGUCAUCAUCACAAACACCCUAUGGACAUCAGAAGAGAAGCUAACAAUCCCAGUCAUAAUUUUUUCAUGGACAUAAAGUUAUCUAAGAGUUUUUUUCUGGCUAUGGCCCUGGUCUGGCAGACAUU